GUCCCGGAAGCAGUUGUUUGCGGGGCGCUUGGAGGCCGGUGGCGUAUGGUCCAGGGGUGCGGUCGCCAUGUUGCUGUCCGCGGUCUCCUUUGCCAAGAGCAAGUCAAAAACAAUUCUGGUGAAAAUGGUGAGCCAAGCUGGGACAGGUUUUUCCUUCAACACCAAGAGAAGCCGACUCCGAGAGAAACUGACUCUUUUGCACUAUGAUCCAGUUGUGAACAAAAAAGUCCUCUUCAUGGAACAGAAAAAGAUACGCUCCCUCUAAACAAUGGAUUGAAAAUGAAUUUGAUUUAUAAAUGAGAAGACUGAGGGUGGGGAUCUUAUUCAGAAAUCGUGUGGCAUGCAAUAAAAGUAGAGGAAAUGGUACAGCCUCAUUGCCUCCUGUGAUUGAAGGCCAUUGUGAGGGGAAACAAUGCAGUGGAAGAAUGUUCUUCAGGACAGUUAUCAUUGCAUCACAGUUAUUUAUCUUUCUCAAUAUUUUUAUAGCUCUUAAUAAAUGUAUUAAAAUAGCCUGU